AUGCAAAAAUGCGCCGUUAAUAGAUUGCUUUCAAUAAUUGCAAUUUGUGACAUUUGUACAAUGUUUUCCUACACAGUUUUUAUUGUAAGAUUUGGUUUUGCAGUGAAUCCAGAAGAACCUCCCGUUGGAUAUAAUUUUAUUUGGAUUAUUUUUCUUUUGGCCCACGUUGUUUGUAGUAUAGCUCUACAUACAAUUACUUUAUAUUUGUCUGUAGCUACAGCUUUUAUUCGAUAUAAAACUUUAAAACAGAUUGGAUCUCUUUGGAAUCACGAAAAUAUUGCCUUCCCCGUUUUUCUCCUCGUUGCUGCCUUCACAAUUAUUUUGUGUAUUCCAACAUUUUUAAUUCAUUCAAUAAUUCCUGUUGUUGCUAAAAAUGUUAAAAAUGGAGAGAAUAUAACACUUUACACUGUUGGAUUGGCAGAAUUUAAAAGGCUUGAUACUUGUUUUUUCUUUAAAUUAAAUUUGUGGAUGACUGGAAUUAUUUUUAAGGUAAAAAAAUAA